UCCCUUACGCUUCUCUUUCUACUCCUAUAAAUACACCAACUAUCGAUUCGCGGAUAAUCUCUCCACUUUGUGCUUGUGCUCCUAGUGACGGAGAGUUGAGAUGAAGAGCGAAAAACCAACCGCGAUGACGAACUCGGGAGGAGCGGGCAACAUGUUCGCUCACCUGGGAUCGUUGAUCGCGGGCGUGAUGUUCACAUGGGCGAUCCUGCAGCAGUUCCUGCCGCCCGACCUCCGGGUCUACUUCGAGAAGUACUCACAGCGCUUCUUCCGCUACGUUUACCCCUACAUCCAGAUCACCUUCAACGAGUACACGGGGGAGCGGCUCAUGCGCAGCGAGGCCUACUCGGCCAUCCAGAACUACCUCAGCUCGCGCUCUGCCACGCAGGCCAAGCGGCUCAAGGCCGACCUGGUCAAGAACAACCAGUCCCUGGUGAUAAGCAUGGACGACCACGAGGAGGUCUCCGAUGAGUACAACGGCGUUAAGCUCUGGUGGGCUUCUGGCAAGAGAGGAUCGAAGACGCAGGCGGUCUCUUUCCACACCUCUGUGGACACUGAAAGCGGGUAUUACAAGCUGACCUUCCACAAGACGCACAGGGACCUCAUGCUCGGGCCAUACCUGAGCCACGUCCUGAAACAGGGCAAGGAAAUCAGGUUCCAGAACCGGCAGCGGAAGCUCUACACGAACAACGGCUGGUACUGGACCCAUGUCGUGUUCGAGCACCCGGCGACUUUCAACACCCUCGCUAUGGACCCCGACGAGAAGCAAGAUAUCAUUGACGACCUCAUCACCUUCAGCAAGAAUGAGGAGUUCUAUGUGCGGAUCGGCAGAGCCUGGAAGCGUGGGUACUUGCUGUUCGGCCCACCUGGGACCGGCAAGUCGACAAUGAUCGCCGCGAUGGCUAACCUCCUGAAUUAUGAUAUCUACGACCUCGAGCUCACUGCGGUGAAGGACAACACGUCGCUGAGGAGGCUCCUGAUUGAGACGUCAAGCAAAUCGAUCAUCGUGAUUGAGGACAUCGAUUGCUCGCUGGACCUGACGGGCCAGAGGAAGAAGAAGGAGAAAGUGGAGGAGGACAAGGAAGGCGAGGUCAGAGACCCGGGGAAGCGGUCGGCAAAAGAUGAGGAAGGCGAGAAGGCCAGCAGGGUCACGCUCUCGGGGCUCCUGAACUUCAUCGACGGCCUGUGGUCAUCGUGCGGCGGAGAGAGGCUGCUCGUCUUCACGACAAACCACAUCGAGAAGCUUGACCCGGCGCUGAUAAGGAAGGGCCGGAUGGACAAGCACGUGGAGCUGUCGUAUUGCAGGUCCAAGGCGUUCAAGGUCCUGGCCAAGAACUACCUGGGCAUCGAUGACCACCACCUGUUCGACCAUAUUGGGAAGCUAAUGAACGAGGUCGACCUGACGCCUGCCGACGUGGCUGAGCACCUGAUGCCCAAGAGCGCUUCCAAGAAUGCCGAGGUUUGCUUGGAGAGCCUGAUCGGGGCGCUCGAGAAGGCGAAGGAGGAGGGCGAGGCGAGAGCGAAGGAAGCGGAGUUGAAGGGUGAAGAGAGCAUAGAGGAAGUGAAGGUGGAAACAAAAGAAUGAGUGUUUGUGUUUUGGGGUCGAUGGAGAGCGAAUAAGCAAAAUCAGAGGAAGCAGCUGAUUUACCAACAAUUGAUCUGAUUUUCCUUUGCAUUUCCUUCCAGUUCUACUUUCUUGUCCAAUAAGAAGAGCCAGCCAGUCUUAGCCAGGUUGCGAGCCUUGAGCUCUAGUUCAGAGGCUAGUGAGAAUUUGUUCUUGUACUAUGCCCCAACUCAAUUGUUCAGAAAAGCUUUUGGAAUGUCGAACGGAACACCUGCCUCGUAUAUGUAUAUUACAUUCCUAGAGCUGUCGAAUCAAAUGUAGAGAUUAGGGGCCAUGACUAUAUAACCAGUCUACUUCGGCUAUGAAUCGCAUCUGUUUUUAC